UUAGAAAAUACACGUCAACAUUUUGUUUUGAGUUUUGGACUGUUUACAAACAUGUCGGAAGAGGAAGAAACAGCGUUUUCCGAAGACCCCAGAGUGCAGUAUUUAGGCGAGAUACUCUGCCGGAUGCUCAAACUCAAAACUGAUGCGUGGGAAAAAUUUGUCAAUGUUGAAAAAAAUGAAAUACUUUUUACAACGUUUUUCGAAACGCGUAUUAGACUGUUGUUUUUCAGCGUGACAGCGUCCAGUGCUCUGACUGUUUCUACAGAGGUUUGUCAUCUCUCUAAAGAAAAGAAAGUUUACAUUCUCAAAAAAGGAAAUGCCCCCAUCCUGCCAGAAACCUGUAGGAGUUCUUUACUCUUCGGGGUGCUGUCACCCUCCUUUCUGCCACAGCUGUCAGACACCAUGGAGAAGGUCUGUCUGCCGCUACUGUCUAACAAGAAGAAUCACCAAAUGUGGCCGAAUGUAAUAUCACAGGAUGUGAGGCAACACACAGAGAACUUGCAAAGCAAGGUCGCCGUGGUGAGGGGACAGUAUUAUGGCAAAACCGUCCUUCCAGUUCCUGCCGUCAGAGAAUGGAUAGAGCACUGUCAAGAAGCAACGAUCACACUGCAAGAUAGUCACAACAGAGCCAUGGUACAUGCAGUUGAGUCCAUGGUCAUCAGUUGGACGCAUAUGAUCCAUAAAGUCUUAAGAGCAGAUUCUGCUGAUUUGAUUGUGACAGGAUCGAACCCUGGACCAAAAGCUGAACUUGACUUCUGGAGAUCCAGGAAAAUGAACAUACAGAGUAUUAAUGAACAGCUACAGAAUCCAUGUGUUCAGAAAAUGAUGAGGAUUCUGGAAAUUAUAGACAGCAGUUAUUUCCCGUCAUUCAAAGCUUUGAUGGAGGCUGUUUUUGAUGCUUUGCAGGAAGCCAGAGCUGUAGAUCUUCACCUUCAGCCUCUGAGAUCAUUGCUGUCUCAACUAGAGGAGGAUGAGUUUUCAUCCUUCCAUACACUCAUUCCACCAGUCUUUCAUCUUAUAUUUCUGGUCUGGACUCACUGUUCAUUCUGUCGUUCUCCUGCUCGCAUCGUUGCUCUGCUGCAGGAGCUCUGCAACCUCUUCAUUCAGCAGGCCACUUCAUAUCUCAGUACAGAGGAGCUGCUGAGAGCAGAGACUGAAGAUGGUUUGGAGAGGUUACAGACUGUGGUGGGAGUUUUCAGGUGCGUCAGGGAAACAUUCAAGACAUACAGACAGAAGGUGGCUGCUAUGGCCAGUCAUUAUUCUACACCAAAGUGCUGGGAUUUCCCUUUGGCUCUUGUUUUCACUCGAUUUGAUGGCUUCUUGGCUCGUGUUUUACAGUUGAAGGCUCUUUUCUCCACUAUGCUGGAGUUCCAAAGGCUGCAGAAACUGGUUUUUGGAGGUCUCAGAGGAAGAGUUUACACUGAACAGGUUUCUCGACUACAUGCAGAAUUUCUCCAGCUUUGCAAAGCCAUAAGGGAUCAAGAAUACAAUCCACUCGAUUUGACUUCUCAGGAUUUCGAAAAAGACUUUUCAAGUUUCCAAGAAAGAGUUGCGGAUUUCGAUCGACGACUGUCCAGUAUUUUGUGCCUUGCCUUUCAAGAUUGUUCGGGAUUGGAAUCAGCUUUCAAACUGGUUGCUGUGCUCAGACCCCUCUUGGAAAGAGACCUCAUAAAGGAAACAUUUAUUCCUAAUUUCUCCAAAAUGAUUCAGCUUUUUGGAGAUGAGCUGGACAGAUGCAAACACAUGUUUGAUUCUCAUCUUGAGCAGAAAAAAAGGAACAAGCUGCAUUUGAACAAGAACAUGCCUGCUAUGACAGGGUGUCUAAAGUGGGCAAAAAUGCUUAGAGACCGAAUCCAAAUCCCUUGGAACAAUUUCCAGUUUGUUCUGGAUAUGAGCAUCGAAGGAGCAGAAAUGGAGCUAGUCUGUUAUAAGUACCUGGAGAUGUGCUCUCAUUUAGAUGAGUAUGAGAAGCAGGUCUAUUUAAGCUGGUGUGGCAGUAUUAACCAAGUAUGCCAGAUGAACCUGGAUCAGCCCCUAAUCAAAAGAGAUCCCAGCACUGACCUGCUGUCAGUAAACGUCAAUCAGGAGCUGAUUGCUGUGCUCAAGGACGUGAAACACCUGAAAAUCCUUAAUCAGAUGAACAUCCCUUCUGCUGCUAUGAAGGUGUAUGAAAAUAGAAAGAUGUUCUUUAAGAACCUUGGGAGCCUGCAUUUACUGGUGCAGUGGUAUAAUAAGCUGAAACAGACGACUCUUGAAGUGGAGGCUCCUCUUAUCAAAGUGGAGAUAGAGAAUGUUGACCGGCAAAUCAAUCGAGCAGAAACUGAGCUUACAUGGCAAGACCAGACCUGCUGGAACUACAUCUGCACAUUGAACGACACUGUCUAUCAGCUGGAGAGAAGACUUCAGAAAACUAAAGACAAUGUUGAGAUGAUGGAAGUUCUGAUGAAUGGAUGGAGCAAACAGCCAAUGUUCUGCAGGAAAGACCAUAAGAAAGAAUCAACACUGCAGCUGGAUGAUAGAGCAGGAAGAGUGGCAAAAACCUACAACAACCUCAGAAAAGAUGCAGAAGCUAUCCAUAAUUUGUUACAGGAGAACAUGAUCCUUUUUGCAGCGGAUAGUUCUUCAGAUGCAUGGAAGGCCUACUUGGAGUAUGUAGAUGAUAUGGUGGUGGAGGGAUUUUUCAGUGCUGUCUCAACUUCUCUGGAGUUUUUCAUUGAGAAUAUGGAGGGGUCAGUGAGGCAGGCUCCCUUGUUUGAGGCUCAAAUGCUGCUGAUGGGAUCUGAGAUUAAGUUCAAACCAUCUCUGGACCGAGAUGAUGGUGAUGGACUUUAUGAAUUGGUAGAAGAAUUACUAGGAGAUGUGUUCAAGAUGUCUGCUCAGGUGAAGAGGGUUGCACCUCACCUAAGCGUGGAGGACUACCAGGCUGAUGUCGAGGACAUGUUAGACCUAAUAGAGCUCAGACAGGAAGUGAUGGAGAGAGUUGAUGAAGUCAUGAAGAAAGCCUUGCAAUACCAGGACACACUUAUCCGCUACAGUCCCCUGUGGCUUGAUGACAGGGUUGAGUUUCUCAGGCAGUUCCUCCUCUAUGGUCAUGCACUCACAGCUGAAGAGGUGGAAGCCUAUGGAGAAGAUGCAUUUCCAGAAAAUCCUCCCACCACAGCACAAUUCAAAGAGCAGAUGAAUCAUUAUGAAGAAGUGUAUGCAGAGGUCAACCGUUUGGAGGACUGGCAGGUAUUUGACGGCUGGUUUAAAGUGGAUAUCCGUUCGUUCAAGAUGAGUCUUUUAAACGUAAUCAAAAAAUGGAGCUGGAUGUUUAAGGAGCACCUGAUGUCUUAUGUUACCGGCAGUAUUGGCGAACUAGAGGAGUUCAUGCUCCGGGCGGAAUCCAGGCUUAAAGAGCCAGUGUGCGGUGGAGACUACCAGGCUCUUGUGCAGGUGAUGGGUUACCUGUUGGCGAUCAGAGACAGACAGACCAGUACAGACCAGCUUUUUGAACCUGUCAUCGAUGUGGUCAAUCUUCUGGAGCAGUAUGGAGAAACCCUACCUGAGUGUGUCCACAUGCAGCUUGAGGAGUUGCCAGAGAAGUGGAACAACAUGAAGAAGCUGGCCUGGACAGUGAAACAUGAGGUUGCUCGUUUUCAUACUGCAGAGGUAGCUGUCAUCCGCAGGAAGUGUGUGGCCUUUGAGAAAAAGCUGAAUCAGUUUCAAGAACGGUUUAAAAGAGAAGCUCCUCUUCAGUACAACACAGAGAAACCAUAUGCUCGCCUGGAUAAAUGUCACAGGGAGAUGCUGGUUUUAGAGCAAGAGAAUGCAGAUCUCCAGGAGUCCUGUAAGCUGUUUGAAGUGAGCAGCCCUGAUAUUAAGCAACUCAGGCUCUGUCAGAGAGACGUUGCUGUUUUGAAACAGCUCUGGGAUCUGCUGCUGUGCGCUCAGUGCAGUACAGCAGAAUGGACAAGGACAAAAUGGAGAGAGAUCAAUGUAGAACACAUGGAGACAGAGCUGAGGAGGUUUACAAAAGAAAUGCGGGUUUUUGAUAAAGAGACCCGUGUUUGGGACGUGUAUGUGAGUCUGGACUGUGUGCUCAGGGAUCUGUUGACUUCUCUGAGGGCUGUGACAGAGCUGCUGAACCCAGCGAUGAGAGACAGACACUGGGCCCUGCUGAUCAGGACUACUGGGGUUAAUUUCACUUUAACUGAAGAAACAACUCUUGAGGAUUUGCUGGCUUUGCAGCUGCACAUAUAUGAAGAUGUGGUGCACAGUACAGUUGGGAGAGCAGUCAAAGAGAUGUCCACUGAGAAGGUUCUGUCUGAAAUUAGCCAGAUGUGGGCACGGAUGGAGUUUUCUUUUGAAGAGCAUUACCAUACCGCUACACCAAUGCUGAAAUGCAGUGAUGAACUUAUAGAGAGUCUGGAGAACAGUCAGGUGCAGCUGCAGGUGUUGCUGCACAGUAAGCAGGCAGCGUUCUUCCACGGGCAGGUGUUGGAGCUACAGGCCCAGCUGACUCAGGCUGACUCAGUGCUGUUGCUGUGGCUGGAGGUGCAGAGGACCUGGGCUCACCUGGAGAGCAUCUUCAUGGGCUCCGAAGACAUACUCCACCAGCUGCCGGAUGAGACACAUCAGUUCAGCUCCAUUGAUUCUGACUUUAAGGACCUUAUGUUCAAAAGUGAUGAAACGAAAAAUGUAAUUGCUGCCACCAACAAGCCCAAUCUUCUACCAAUGCUUGAAGACCUGCAGAGGAGACUGGCUAUGUGUGAGAAGGCACUAGCCAAAUACCUGGAGACCAAGCGAAUGGCUUUCCCACGAUUCUAUUUCCUGUCUUCAGCAGACUUACUGGACAUCCUUUCGAAGGGCAGACAGCCCCGACAGGUUACCUGUCACCUGGGUAAGCUGUUUGACAGUAUGACUGAUCUGGAGUUUUCUGACGAGGAGGGGGAAAAGGUCACAGCAGCAGUGGGAAUGUUCAGCAGAGACAGAGAAUACGUUCCAUUCUAUUCGCAGUGUGACUGCGUUGGACCGGUUGAGCUCUGGUUGAACAGUCUGGAGGAUGUGAUGAGGGAGGAAAUGAGGAGGCACAUAGCCGAGGCUGUGGUCGCGUACGAGGAGCGUUCGCGGGAACACUGGGUCUUGGAGCUGCCAGCUCAGGUGGUUCUCACGGCUUCUCAGAUCUGGUGGUCCGCUGACAUGAAUCUAGCAUUUGAGCGCCUGGCUGAGGGUUUUGAGACGGCGCUCAGAGACUACAACAAGAAACAGAUUGCCCAGCUAAACUCUUUGAUAAACAUGUUAUUGGGGGAACUGAACCCGGGUGACAGGCAGAAGAUCAUGACCCUGUGCACCAUAGAUGUUCACGCCAGAGAUGUGGUCUCCAAACUCAUCGCUCAGAAGGUGAGCAGUGCUCAGGCGUUUGCCUGGGUUUCUCAGCUCCGCCACAGCUGGGAUGAGGAACAGAAACACUGUUUCGUCAACAUCUGCGAUGCCCAGUUUCGUUAUUCCUAUGAAUAUCUAGGCAACACACCUCGUCUGGUCAUUACACCUCUCACAGACAGGUGCUAUAUAACUCUAACUCAGUCACUGCACUUGACUAUGAGUGGUGCUCCAGCAGGUCCGGCUGGCACGGGAAAGACUGAAACCACCAAAGACCUGGGCAGAGCUCUGGGGGUCAUGGUGUACGUCUUCAACUGCUCUGAGCAGAUGGACUAUAAGUCCAUAGGGAACAUUUUUAAAGGUCUGGCACAAACUGGAGCUUGGGGCUGCUUUGACGAGUUUAACCGAAUCGCUGUGGAAGUGUUGUCAGUGGUGGCAGUACAGGUGAAGACCAUACAGGAUGCCAUUCGCAACAAGAGGAAGAGGUUUCUGUUCCUAGAGGAAGAGAUUAGCCUGAAACCCUCUGUUGGGAUCUUCAUCACAAUGAACCCUGGAUAUGCUGGACGAACGGAGCUGCCGGAGAACCUCAAAGCACUUUUCAGGCCAUGUGCAAUGGUGGUUCCUGACAUGGAGCUGAUCUGUGAGAUCAUGCUGAUGUCUGAGGGAUUUCAGAGUGCUCAGAUUCUGGGCAACAAGUUCAUCACCCUCUACAGACUCUGUAAAGAGCUGCUCUCCAAACAGGACCACUAUGACUGGGGUUUGCGUGCUGUCAAACCUGUCCUUGUUGUUGCUGGAGCUCUUAAAAGAGCAGAUCGCACUAAGCCAGAGGAUCAGGUGUUGAUGCAAGCUUUGAGAGAUUUCAACAUGCCAAAGAUCGUUUCGGAAGACGUUUCGGUGUUUCUGGGUCUGAUUAGAGAUUUGUUCCCUGGUUUGGAGGUAGAACGACGAACUGAUGCAGAGUUUGAGCAGAUAGUCCGUCAGACGAGUCUAGAGUUAAAGCUUCAACCUGAGGACACAUUCAUUCUGAAAGUUGUUCAGCUUGAGGAGCUUUUAUCUGUUCAUCACUCAGUGUUUGUGGUUGGUGAUGCUGGGACUGGAAAAAGCCAGAUCCUAAAAACUCUUCACAAAACCUACUUCAACAUGGGAAAGAAGCCUUUCUGGAAUGAUCUGAACCCAAAAGCAAUAAGCAACGAUGAACUGUUGGGAUUCUUCCAUCCGGCCACUCGGGAAUGGAAAGAUGGUUUAUUGUCACAUUUCAUGCGGGAUCAAGCCAGUAACUCUCACUCGGGGCCAAAGUGGAUUGUUCUGGAUGGAGACAUUGACCCCAUGUGGAUUGAGUCUCUCAACACUGUCAUGGAUGACAACAAGGUUCUUACUCUGGCUAAUAAUGAACGUAUCCCACUCACCCCCUCGAUGAGACUACUGUUUGAGAUCAGUCACCUGAAACAUGCCACACCUGCCACCGUGUCCCGAGCUGGCAUCCUGCACAUCAAUCCUCAAGAGCUGAGCUGGAACCUGUAUGUUACGAGUUGGAUUGAUCGGAGGGAAAGGCAAACCGAGAGAGCACACCUGACCAUUCUUACUGACAAAUAUGUCCCUCGCUGUAUUGAAAAAAUGAGAAGCUCCUUUAAGACGAUCAUUCCUAUUACUGAGAACAGCAUGGUUCAGACUCUGUGCUCCUUGUUGGAUUGUCUGUUAACUCCUGAGAAUAUUCCGGCAGACACUCCACGGGAAAUCUAUGAGAUGUACUUUGUGUUCGCCUGUGUGUGGGCUUUUGGUGGAGCCACAUUCCAGGAUCAGCUCCAUGAUUAUCGGGCUGAGUUCAGUCAGUGGUGGAUCAAAGAGAUAAAGAGUGUGAAGUUUCCUGUCCAGGGUUCUGUGUUUGACUACUAUCUAGAUCCUCAUUCCAAACGCUUCCUGCCAUGGACCGACAGAAUGCCCACAUUUGAGAUGGACCCUGAUACACCUGUACAGUCUUUGUUAGUUCCAACGGUUGAGACGGUCAGACUGCAGUAUUUCAUGAGCAUGUUGCUGGAGACGUCUCAGCCUCUUAUGCUGGUCGGUGGAGCAGGCACUGGGAAGUCUGCUGUGGUCAGGAACCUUCUGGAAAAACUACCAGAGAACUUUAUAUCCGCAAAAGUUCCCCUUCACUUUCAUACCACUGCAUCCAUGCUGCAAAAGGCAAUGGAGAAACCUCUUGAGAGGAAGGCUGGUAGGAGUUACGCACCUCCAAAUAACAAAAGACUCAUCUAUUUCAUUGAUGACGUGAACAUGGCAGCUGUGGACAGUUAUGGGACCUCUCAGCCACACGCUCUCAUUCGCCAGCAUCUGGAUUACAAGCACUGGUAUGACAGCCAGAAGUUAACAAUAAAAGACAUACACAACACCCAUUAUGUCUCCUGUAUGAAUCCAACAUCGGGGAGUUUUACAGUUAACCCCAGACUGCAGAGGCAUUUCACAGUGUUAACGGUCGGCACACCCAGCUGCGAGACCCUCAGCUCCAUCUUUGGCUCUGUCCUGAGCUUCCACCUGCAGAGGUUGCCAUUCACCCCAGCUGUGGUGAGAAGUACUCCUGCUGUGGUGAAAGCGGCUGUAGUCCUCCAUGACAGGGUGCUUCAGCACUUCCUCCCCACCUCCACAAAGUUUUACUAUCUCUUCAACAUGUGGGAUCUCUUUCGGCUGUUCCAGGGUCUCCUGUUCUCCAGGCCAGAGUGUGUUAGACAGGGUGCGGAUCUGGUUCGACUUUGGAUCCAUGAAUCCAGAAGAGUUUAUUCGGAUCGCUUUUUUGAAACAUCUGAGCUUCAGCUGUUUCAUAGGCUGCAGGCGGACAUCACACGACAGGCCUCUGAGGAAAUAGAGGAAGAUGCAGUGUUGCAGGAGCCACUAAUAUACCUGCACCGCAGUGUGGGCUCUGCAGAACCUUCCUACCUGCCCGUAGCUGGAUGGGAGCAGCUCAGCUGUAUCCUCACUGAGGCUUUGGACAGCUACAACGAGCUCCACUCUGCCAUGAACCUGGUGCUGUUCCAGGAAGCCAUGCAGCAUGUGUGUCGUAUCACUCGCAUCCUGGCAUGUCCUAGAGGCCAUGCCCUGCUCGUAGGUGUGGGGGGCAGUGGCAAACAAAGCCUGACCCGCCUUGCCGCCCACCUCUCCAACAUGGAUGUGUUCCAGCCCACCCUCAGCAAGGGCUACAACAUACAGGACCUAAAGGUGGAUUUGGCUGGACUGUACUUGAAGACGGGGGUGAAAAACAUCCCCACGAUCCUGCUCCUCACAGACGCUCAGAUCCCCGAGGACCGUUUUCUCGUCAUCAUCAGCACCCUGAUCUCGUCAGGUGAGAUCCCUGAUCUGUUAAGUGAAGAGGAGGUGGAUGGUGUUAGAAAAGCUGUGAGGAGUGAGGUGCGGGAACUGGGUCUGCUGGACAACAACGAGAACUGCUGGAGCUUUUUUAUGAAUCGAGUGCAACAACAACUCAAGGUCGUGCUCUGCAUGUCUCCAGUAGGUAACAGCCUGCGUCUACGUGCCCGGCGUUUCCCGGCCCUGCUGAACUGCACCACUCUGGACUGGUUCCAGGAAUGGCCCCUGGAGGCCCUUCAGUCUGUCAGCUUCAAGUUCUUGCAGGAUAUCCCAAGUAUUCAGCCGGCCAUUCGGGAAUCCAUCAGUCUUUUCAUGGCCCACGCUCACGUGAGCGUCAAGCAGGUUAGCGAGCGUUACUGCCGCAAUGAGAGGAGGCACAACUACAGCACGCCCAAGAGCUUCCUGGAGCAGCUGAGACUUUACGAGAGUCUGCUGGAAAAGAGAGAGGGCGAACUGCAUCUAAGACACGGCAGGCUUCAGUCUGGCCUUCAGAAACUCAAGACGACGGCCUCUCAGGUUGAGGAUCUGACAGUCAAGCUAAACUCACAGGAAGUGGAUUUGACACUGAAGAGCCAGGCCACUGAGGCUCUCAUGGCCAGGAUCGGCCUGCAAACAGAAAGAGUGAGCCAAAAAAGAAAGGACGCUGACCUAGAGGAGCAAAAGGUGGCUGCCAUGCAAGUAGAGGUGUCACGGAGACUGAGAGAAUGUGAACGUGAUCUGGCUAAAGCUGAACCUGCUUUAGAAGCGGCUACAGCUGCUCUCCAAACUCUCAACAAGGUAAAUCUGACAGAGUUAAAGACGUUCCCGAAUCCCCCUGAGGCUGUGAUUAACGUCGCCGCGGCUGUGAUGGUGCUGUUGGCUCCACGUGGGCGAAUUCCAAAAGAUCGUGGGUGGAAGGCCGCCAGAGUUUUCAUGGGCAAGGUGGAUGACUUUCUGCAGGCCCUUCUUUCUUAUGAUAAAGAGCACAUCCCUGAGUCCUGUCUAAGUGUUGUGAAGCAGGAAUACCUGAGAAGCCCAGAGUUCCAUCCUGAUCACGUCCGGACUAAGUCCUACGCAGCUGCAGGCCUCUGUGCGUGGGCCAUCAACAUAGUGCGGUACUAUGAGGUUUAUUGUGAAGUUGCACCGAAGCGUCUGGCUCUGGCGCAAGCCAAUACUGAACUGGAAACUGCUACUGCAAAACUUCUCAAUGUUAGAAAGAAACUGGAUGAUCUGGACAGGCACCUGCAAAGCCUAAAAGCUCAGUUUGAGAGGGCGGCGGCUGAGAAACUGCGCUGCCAGGAGGAAGUGACACGCACCAGCCAGACCAUAGAGCUGGCCAGUCGGCUGGUGGGAGGCCUGCAGGCAGAAAACGUGCGUUGGUUGGAGGGACAGCUGGAGCUGGAGUCUCAGCUGAAGACCGUGUGUGGUGAUGUGCUUGUGGCCGCUGCUUUCGUCUCUUACGCUGGAUACUUCACACAGCCGUACCGUCACCAGCUCCUUCACGACAAACUCAUUCCUUUCCUCCGAGAACUUCAAACCCCUAUCCCGCUGACAGACGGUCUGGACCCUGUACUUACGCUGACUGACCAGGCCACCGUGGCAGGCUGGCAGAACCAGGGCCUGCCAGCUGAUCGGCUGUCUGUUGAAAAUGCAGCCAUCCUGAUGGCCAGCCAGCGCUGGCCUCUGAUCGUGGAUCCUCAGCAGCAGGCCAGCAAGUGGAUUCGAAAUCUGUACGAGCCCAACCUGAGAGUACUUCAGUAUGGCCAGAAAGGGUAUCUGGAUGUUAUUGAGCAGGCUUUGGCUGCUGGUGAGGUGGUCUUGAUUGAAAACAUAAAGGAGAGAGUGGACCCUCUUCUGGAGCCACUGCUUGGAAGACAAACCUUAAAGAAAGGAAGGUACAUCAGACUGGGUGAUAAGGAGUGUGAGUUUAACAGUGGUUUCCGUCUCCUUCUACACACUAAACAAGCCAACCCUCACUUCCCUCCGGAGCUGCAGGCCCAGACCACACUCAUAAACUUCACAGUGACCCGCGCUGGCCUGGAGGAACAGCUACUGGGACAGGUGGUCACGCAUGAAAGGCCUGAGCUGGAGAUGAUGAAGUUGGAAUUGAGCACCCAGCAGAACUUGUGUCAGAUUGAGCUGAAGAGACUGGAGGAUGAGCUGCUGAGCAAACUGUCAGCAGCAGAGGGAAACUUUCUGCGGGAUACAGCCUUAGUGGAACAGCUAGAAUAUACAAAGAAUACAGCCAGACACAUCCAUAACAAGGCUGUUGCAGCUCGAGAAAACAAAAUAAAGACCAAUGAGGCGCGGGAUCUCUACCGGCCAGCGGCUGAGAGAGCUGCUCUACUCUAUUUCACCAUUAAAGAACUCCACAACAUUAACCCCAUGUACCAAUACUCCCUCAAGGCCUUCAACAAAGUCUUCCUCAAAGCCAUUGCGAGAGCUCCGUGUGAUGAAGACGUGUCAGUGCGUGUUUUGUCUCUCACUGAGGCCAUCACCCACUCGGCCCUUCAGUACACCUGCCAGGGGCUCUUCCAGAGGGACAGACUCACCUUCCUCACCCACACUGCCCUCCAGGUUCUUCUGACGAGGGGCUCCAUUGAGGCUCAGGACCUGGAACUUCUGCUGCGAUUUCCUGUAGAGGUUUGUCAGAGCAGUCCCGUCAGCUUCCUGUCUCCACAGGCCUGGGGUGCCAUUAGGAGCUUGGCCAUGCUGGAUGCAUUCAGGGGUCUGGACAGAGAUGUGGAAGGUUCUGCCAAACGCUGGAGGAAGCUGGUGGAGUCAGAGUGUCCAGAAAGCGAACGUCUCCCUCAGGACUGGAAGAAUAAGAGUCCCCUCCAGAGACUCAUCAUUCUCAGAGCCUUUCGGCCUGACAGGAUGACCUACGCGCUCCGAAAUUUUAUUGAGGACAAUUUGGGCUCCAAAUAUGUGGAUGUUGGUCGAAUGGAGUUUGAAAAGUGUUUUGAGGAGUGCAGUCCCUCUACACCCGUAUUCUUCAUCCUUUCUCCUGGAGUCAACCCUGUCAAGGAUGUAGAAAAACUUGGGCUGAAGCUUGGAUUUACCACAGAUCAGGGGAACCUCCAUAAUGUGUCUUUGGGUCAAGGACAAGAGAUUGUGGCUGAGAGAGCACUGGAGACCGCAGCCAAAAGAGGACAUUGGGUCAUACUGCAGAAUGUUCACUUGCUGGAGCGGUGGUUGGGUCGUCUGGAGGAGCUGUUGGAGAGCACAGACAGCAAUGCUCACCCAAACUACAGGAUGUUUUUGAGUGGAGAACCGUCCCCUAGCCCUCAUGAGCACCUCAUCCCUCGCACCAUCCUGGAGAAUGCCCUCAAACUCACUACUGAACCACCAACCAGCAUGAACUCCAGCCUACAUGCAGCUCUGGACAAUUUCACCCAGGACACUCUGGAAAUGUGUUCUCAUGAGCAGGAGUUUAAAGGACUCGUGUUCUCACUGUGUUACUUCCAUGCCUGUGUGAGUGAGAGGAGGAAGUUUGGGCCCCAGGGUUGGAACCACAGAUACCCAUUUAACAGUGGAGAUCUGACCAUCUCCACCAGUGUCCUGUACAACUACCUGGAGGCCAGCACUAAAGUACCGUGGGAGGAUCUGUGUUAUCUGUUUGGAGAGAUCAUAUACGGAGGUCACAUCACUGACGAGUGGGACAGGAGGCUCUGCCGUACCUACCUUCAGGAGUUCAUCAAUCCCAAGAUGUUUGAUGGAGAGAUGUUCCUGUGUCCCAGCUUUCCAGUUCCUCCUGAUCUAGAUUACACUGGGUAUCACAGCUAUGUGGAUGAGAGAUUGCCUUCGGAGAGCCCUGGUCUCUACAGCAUGCACCCUAAUGCUGAGAUUGAGUUUAUGACGGCCACAUCUGAUGCCCUCUUUAAAACUUUACUGGAACUCCAGCCCAGAGACUCAUCAACAGGAGAAGGAGCAUCACAGUGCACAGAUGAGAAGGUGAAGAGUGUUCUGGAUGACAUGCUGGAGAAGUUACCUGAGGAGUAUAAUCUGGCAGAGCUCAUGUCUAAGACAGCCGAGAGGAGCCCCUACAUCCUGGUGUGCCUGCAGGAGUGCGAGCGAAUGAAUCUGCUGCUGGCAGAAAUACACAGAUCAUUAACAGAGCUGGACCAGGGACUUAAGGGUGAACUGAGUCUCUCUUCAGACAUGGAGCAGCUCCAAACGGCUCUGUUCUAUGACAGCGUUCCAGAGAGCUGGAGCAGGCUGGCCUACCCUUCAACCAAAACACUGGCUCUGUGGUUCACUGAUGUUUUAACUCAGUGUCGAGAGCUGGACACGUGGACUCAAGACUUUGUGUUUCCUGCUGUGGUUUGGAUCUCUGGACUCUUUAGUCCUCAAUCAUUUCUCACAGCAAUUCUACAGAGUAUAGCUCGAAAAAACAAGUGGCCUUUAGAUAGGAUGACCCUAUCUGUGGACGUCACCAAGAAGAACAAGGAUGAUUAUGGGCAUCCACCUCGAGAAGGAGCGUACAUCCAUGGACUCUACCUAGAGGGGGCUCGCUGGGAUAGCACCUCAGGUCUGCUAUCAGAAGCUGUUCUGAAGGAGUUGACUCCAGCUAUGCCAGUGCUGUACAUACGCGCAGUACCCAUCGAUCAGCAGGAUGUAAAGAACACCUACGAAUGCCCAGUGUACCGCACCAAACUCCGCGGCUCCACCUACAUCUGGAGCUUCCGUCUCAAAACACGCCAACCGCCUGCCAAGUGGGUUCUUACAGGAACGGCCCUGCUUUUGUCUGUGUAAACAACCAACCAACUCCAUUCCUUAAGUUGAGGUCAAAAGUUUACAUACACUUUGCAGAAUCUGCAAAAUGUUAAU